AAGUUACCAGUCGAUGCUGGCAAGUACUUACAAAAGCUUGCAUCUGUGUUCAUCCUGACCAAACGUGCUGCUAGCCCCCUUCUUGGGAACCAGAAUGUUCUAGUUUCUUCCAUUCCCAGCACAGUGAUGGAAAGCUCUACCUCAUCUAGUACUGGUAGCAGUCCACCCAAUAGUGUCUUGUGUUCCAAAUGUGUAAUACAUACUGAUUCUGAGAAAAAAAACGUGAAUGGUGCUGACAAAGAACACGUGGAAAACAUUCUGGAAGAAUACUCGCAGAAAGGUAGAGACGAGCAGAAAAGGCCGAAUGAAACCGCUGAGCUACAUGAGCAACAGAAAAUCAAUUUAAGACUGAUCAUUGCUGAUUUGGAGACCAAGCUGAUGGAAUUGCAAUUGGAAAUAGAUGCACUUCAGGAUACUAGACAAAAGGAAUCCCAGAGCCAAGAGAAUGUAAAAAUACAGCUAAAAAAUACUAUUCAGGAGCUGAAAGCUGCCAACCAGCUGCAGGAGGAGAUGCUGAGGAAAGCUGACAGCCAAACUGAGCAGCUGAAAAAGAUGGUCCGCAGCCACGAGGAAGUACUUCCGGAACUACGUGACAUCCUAAUGGACUACAAAGACAGCACGGGCAAGAAACUCUAUAGGCGUGAGAAUAUUACUAGCGUACACAUCCACAACCUGAGCACAGCAUUUGCUGACAUCCUGCAAGAUUUAGACUCAGAGAUGUCAUACCUCAAAGAAAAGGUUGUCCUGGUGGAAGAAGAACUUGAGUCAUUGAAAAAAGAUUCACAGACCCAAAACCAACUUGUGCUUCAGCAACAUCAAAAUAGGAUUGAGCAACUAAUAAGUGAGCAUGAACAGGAGGUGGCAGCAUUAACUGAUAAAGCUAACAGUGCACACAGCUAUGCAAAUAGCAGAGGGAGAUCAUUCAGUAUGUUUUUUGAACAAACAAGAAACCAAAAUGCAGCUCAUGUGCAUCAGGUUAGUCACCUGGAAUCUACCGUUUCUCAGCUGAGUUCUGAAUUACAAGAAGCUAAGAGAAUAUAUGAAGACAAGGUGUCAGCUCUUGAGAAGCAUAUGUAACUGUGUAAUUGAAUGUUGCUAAUGUUAAGAGAAAGAACAAAAAAAUCCUACAUGUGAUUCAAGGAGGGAGAUGACUUUAAUUUCUUGUAGACUGAACUUCAUAAAAAAGAGGUAGAACUAAGUCUAGAAAAAGAGCAGAACAAGCGAUUUUGGGAUCGCAACACAGACAACAGCAUCACCAUUGACCAUCUAAGGAGAGAAUUAGACAACAAAACUAUGCAGCUGCAGCGCAUGGAGAACACAGUGAAGGAAAUGAGGACUGACUGUCACAGACAAAUGGAGUGCCAGAUGUCUGCAAUUAAGGAAAAAAAUGAAAGCAUUGGAAGAAUCUCCUCUUUGACUGUCCAACUGGAGUCAAGCAAGGAAGCACUCCAUAAAGUUAAAGAAGAUCUUGCAACCAAACAGGUGCAUUUGGAGACUGCUGAGAAAACUCUAUCAAAUCUCAGGGCCUGUGUGCAGGAGAAAGAGCGAGCCCUAGAGGUUACCAAUAAGGAAAUCGAGAAGUUACAUUUACAACUUGGCAGUAGGAUGCAGGAGCUCCAGCAUCUAAAGAAUGAAGAGGACCGUUUAUACAAUGUGCAGUCAGAGUGUGAAACACUGAAACUGCGGGUGUUAGAGAAGGAAAGGAUUAUUGAGGUCUUCCAAAAGCAAAUUGAUAACAUGUCCCAGAUUGUAAGCCAGCACAGUCGAACUGCUGGAGCAAUGGAAGUUGAGAAAUCGCAGCUUAUAAAAGAAAUAAAUGACUGGAAACUCAAAGUAGAAGAACUUAAGAUUACAAAGGCUGAGAAAGAAGCCAGAAUACAUGAAAUGGAGGCCAGACUGAGUGAGCUGGAACUGGAAAAGCUUAAACUGGUUAACAAAUGUGCUGAGAGGCUCCAUGCGCUUAAUAAUAUGAAACUGGAAAAAGAUCAGCUAAUGAAUGAACUCCAAGCCAGCUGGAGUGAGCUAGCUGGCUUUGCAGAGGGAUUUGAAGAUUUGAAGAGGGAUUACCAGGAUAAAAUCAAGGAGAUGGAAAACUCUGCAAACAGACUGAAAAUGCAAUUGAAAUCUGCCCAAGCUGAACUGGAACAGACCAGGACUGCUCUAAAGACUAUGGAGGGAUCUGAUGGCAAAGCUAUGAAAGUUGCAGUGCGAAUGCAGAAGCAGAUCACAGCCAAGAGAGGAAAGAUAGAUGCAUUACAGAGCAAGAUUAAAUUCUUGGAAGAGGCAAUGACAAAUGCAGCUAAGGAGAAGCAUUACCUCAGAGAAGAAAAUAGUAAACUAAGUCAAGAAUUGAGCUGUAUUACGGUAGAAAAUAGUAAGAUUGCUGGGGAACUGGAGAUCCUGAGAUCACAAGACAAACGUCUGAAAGAAAAAAUACCUAAGAUGGAGGCAGCCCUUGAUAAGGCAUCCAUGCAGUUUGCAGAAUGUCAGUGCAUAAUCCAGUGUCAGGAACAAGAAGCAAUGCGCUUUAGACUGCAGCAUACUUUAGAUGUAAAAGAGCUGCAGGGUCCAGGCUACUCAUCAGCUUCUGCUUCAGGCAAGCAGCGGCACAUAGUGCCUCUGUCCCACCUGCACUCUGCUGUCCUGCCACCUUCCCUGAGCUUGGCCGGCUGUGCCCCUCAUAUGCCUUCCAAGCUAGGCAUUUUGAAGGAAGAACCAUUGCAGGAUCUAAAGAGGAUUCUUCAAGAAUUAACAAGCUCAGACAAUGACAUUCGCUCUGUGGAUCUUGGCAAGGAUGACAGCAAUGGUGGGAGAAAAUCACCUUUAGCAACCAUGAGGAAUACAAUGGAGACUGCAGCUAGAGGCUCUGCUACUGAAAGCAUUGUGGAAAAUGAUACUUUCAGACGCCACGUCAUCAAUGAUCAGAACUCGGGAAAUGAAGACACAGAAAGCAAAGGAAAAGGAGAAAAAGCUAUCAAAGUGAAGAUGCCAUAUACAUUCAUGAUUACUUCCACGUAUGUACAGUUUGUUUAA